AUGUCCAAAGGUGCUUACAAGUCGGCCUGCGCUGCAGAGCGAGAGAGACUUCGAGAGGUUGCCAGGUAUUACUGCGUUGUCGAUCGGCCUUCCAGCGACAAGGACAUUUACCCCUUGCAAGGUGAUAGCCGACCGGAUCACAAUAAGCGGCUUGCCUCAGAUGCGGCCCUAACCGGACUGGCUCGGUUGGGAGUGCUGCAGUUCGGCUGUAACCGUGCUUUUGUUUCGAUCAUCGACGAGACUAAUCAGCAUGUCAUUGCCGAGGCCACCACUUCCAUAUUUCUUCAGAACGCUGAGAAACAUCAGGCGGGGGAUGAGUUAUAUCUGGGAACGAGACGGUUGGACUUGGGAUGGGGUGUGGUGCCGCGCACAAUUGGAUUUUUCACCAAGCGGAAUCCGGACUUUAUCGAGAACGAGAAUGUGAUUGCGAAUGACACCCGCUAUAUAAUCAACGAUCUCACCAAGGAAGAAGCCUACAAACACCGGCCCUACGUUGCACAAUGGCCGUUUAUGCGGUUCUACGCUGCCGUUCCUAUCAGGAGUCCGGCGGGAUACGUGCUGGGAUCAUACUCAAUCGUCGAUGACAAAGCGCGGUCGAACUUUGGCGAGGUCGAGGUGGAAUGCAUGCAGGAUAUAGCAGACGCCAUCGCGCAGCACCUGGAGACUGUUCGGCUAUCGUAUUGCCAUCAACGCACCGAGACGUUGGUCAAGAGCCUUACCACCUUUGUGAAGGAACACGAUGAUUUCGAUCCUACCGAAUCCUACCAAGUGACCCCAUCUCAGUCAACAAUCAAUAUUCCCGAAACAACCGAAGGGGGUGACCGUGGGAUCCCAGAUACCCCUGGCGACAGUGAUCGUAGCAGCCCAGAGGCUGCGGAAGGCGAUGUCUUUGAACUCCUCGGUCCAUGUUCUCCCUCUGACGGGACCGGUGAAGCCUCAUCGCUAUUCUCCAAAGUUCUCGGUUCCGAACAGACCGAGGUAUCUUUUCCGAUCAGAAGUGCCGACCGACCGACGUCAGCCUUCUCUGCGAACGAUGAUCGAAGGGACAGUGUACCCCAAAAUGCUCCAGCGGUCACGGACACUCCAACUAGUGAGACUCAGUCAUGGAUUAAAGAGACUGUCAACAAGACCGCGAAGAUAUUUAGGCGAGCGAGUAUCCUUCUUCGGGACUCAAUGGACUUGGAUGGGGUUCUUUUUGUCGAUGCAUCCCGCUGUAACGCCGGCGUUGUGCUAAGCAAUGAUACCGGCACGUGGGAACCGCUGCCCUCUACUCUGAGCCCGGACUUCCUUGCCGAUCCUUAUCCAAGUCCGGCGGACAUGCCCGGUGUCGGCUCAUUAUCGAAACCGUCCGACAAACCAUGUACACUACUUGGUCGCGCAUUAAGGGAUUCGGUACAUUCUACCGAGUCACCCCACAACUGGAACAUCACCGAGAGGGUGCUGGACGACUUGAUGGCUUCAUUCCCACAGGGUCAGAUAUUCGACUUGAGCGAUUUGCCAGCAAGGGAAUCGUCGCCGUCCUCCGAUUUGUGCAACAAUUUAUGCCAUGACUUGGCUAAGUGCUUUCCUAACGCUAAUUCGGUUCUGUUUUCUCCAAUCUGGGACUGGAACAAAUCUAGGUGGUUAGCAGGGACCCUGGUAUGGACGAGUGAUGUUGUCCGCGCUUUGGGCGCUGAGGAAUUACAUUAUUUCAAAGCCUUUGGCGAUUCUAUAAUCUCAGAGGUGGCCCGAGUAGAUUGGUCGGCGACUCAAAAAUCCAAGUCGGCAUUCAUGUCAUCUGUCAGUCACGAGUUGCGAUCGCCCCUUCAUGGUAUACUUGCCAGCGCCGAGCUUCUGGGCACAGCAUCACUACAGCCAGAACAGCAGCAUUUGGUGGACAUGGUCGAGUCGUGCGGAUUAACGCUUCUAGAUACCUUAAAUCAUUUGUUAGUGCUCACUCCCACGAUCAGACUCGAUUUCUCAGGGAUCAACAAUCUUACCGCGCUCGAGGAUCCGGCUCAGGGUCUGUCCGAUGCUGGCAUGACAUCUCUCGAGACUGACUUCGACUUGGGCGACCUGGUCGAAGAAGUGGUGGAAGUGCAGUACACUGGCCAAAACCUUCCUAAAGCUGCCGUUCAUCUCAACCAUCGAUCUUCCCCGUCGCCACAGGAUUUCGAUGCUGAUAAUGCAGAGUUGUCAGUCAUCGUCCGAGUAGAGGACAUGCCCACCUGGAAGAUCCACUCUGUGCCUGGAGCCUGGCGAAGGAUUGUGAUGAACUUACUCGGAAACUCUCUCAAAUGGACCAAGGCUGGAUUUGUCGAGGUUUCUCUGACGAAAGUGAGACGAAAGCGCGACCCUCUGCAUGUCUUUGCGCUCCUUUCUGUCACAGAUACCGGCGCUGGGAUAUCUCCAGAUUUUCUACGACACAACGUUUUCUCACCCUUCGCCCAGGAGAAUGCAUUGUCAGAGGGGCUAGGCCUGGGGCUUAGCACCGUUCGUCAGCUCGUCGGCUCUCUUAAUGGCCAUCUCAACGUGCGAAGUGAGCUUGGCGUCGGCACUCAAGUUGACAUAUUCGUCCCCGUACAGAUACUACAGCCUCCACCAACCCCCCGCCCAGACCUGGCGCCUCGUUACAAUCCCUCUCAGCGGCCACCUGUUCGCGUCUGUUUGAUCGGGUUCAGCGAUUAUCCUUGCCUCAAGGAGACGCCAACUGGGAUUUUGCCUGCCGAAGCGAAGCGUAAGCUGGCCAUUAGAAGCUGUCUUACAUCCAUACUGGCGGAGCAACGAUCUUGGGAUAUUAUCUCAUCCGAAUCGUUUCACGGCACCGAAGGUGAUAUCGCAAUUAUUGAAGAAUUCAGAUACCUGGAUGCACUGAAGAGCGGCGAAUUGCCGCUAAAUGAUCCUAAACCAGCCGGUUUCAGGAGAAUAUUCGUGAUUCUUAACAGCAAGAAUCCUACCUCUCGCCAUCUGGAUUCAUCACGCCUUAUCCGUGUCUCCCAGCCGUUCGGUUCUAGAAAGUUCCGCAAUGCUGUCGUCCGUGUUGACCAGCUACUGAAGGAACCGCCACCCGAAGUUUCUUCCGACCAACAUCUCCGCAAGCCUAGCCCCGUGCCGGAGCAGGAAACGCCGCGGAAGACUCCAUCUCCUCCUAUGCAACAAAUGCCUGUGAACGCACCGGUACUCGAGCAUUCAACAGUUGAACUGACUAGCCAUGGCACUACGGACCCUGUGCGAAUCCAUGAGAAUCUCCACCUUUUGAUUGUAGAUGAUAAUGCGAUAAACCUCAAAAUAUUAGCAACGUUCGCUGCCAAAAUAGAUAUCUCCAUGCCGGUCAUGGAUGGCAUUGUUGCGACGAAGGAAAUCCGCCAGUUUGAGGAGGAAAUGGGUCUCAAGCGGUCGCGCAUAAUGGCUGUCACUGGAGUGGCGUCAACAGACAUGCAGCAGCGUGCCCAAGCUGCUGGGGUUGACGAGUAUCUCGUGAAACCAGUGUCGCUGGUUGCUUUGAAGAAAGUUAUUGCUGCGCUUUAG